AUGGGAAUAGACCGGCGUCGGAGAGCCACCCUGGCACUAACCUUGAACCUCCUAGCGCUCCUGUUUGCCGUAUCGGCGCUCACCACCAGCUACUGGUGCGAGGGCACACGUAAGGUGGUCAAGCCGUUCUGCACGGGACCCGUGACGCUCAAGCAGAGCUUCUGUAUCAGGUACAACAGCUCUAACCUCAAUGACAGCCGACUGGUCCAGUACAUCUGGGAGACUGGGGAGGACAAGUUCCUCAUGAGGAAGUUCCACACCGGCAUCUGGUUCUCGUGUGAGCAGAACGUCAACAUGAUUGGGGAAAACUGCAGAAGUUUUUUAAAUAUUGCACCUUCACAUGAAAGAGGGGUCCUGUGGCUGUGCAUUGUGGCUGAGUGCCUCUACAUCGUUCUGCUGUCGACCGGCGGCAUCCUCAUGUCAAUAGAAGUUUGUUACUACAGCAACGUCAUUGAUGGCCUCAAGCUAAAUGCCUUCGCCGCAAUAUUUACCGUUUUGUCAGGCCUGCUGGGAAUGGUGGCUCACAUGAUGUUCACCACCGCGUUCCAGCUCACCGUCAGCCUUGGGCCUGAAGACUGGAAGCCUCAGACAUGGGACUACAGCUGGUCUUACAUCUUGGCAUGGAGCUCUUUUACGGCCUGUAUGGCCUCAUCAGUAACCACAAUCAACAGGUAUACAAAGACUAUCUUAGAGUUCAAGCACAAGCGAAGGAAUAUAGAGAAGAACUUGAAGAUCAAGCAGAAGCUGCUCGACCUGGACUCUCCAGAUCAGGUGUGGGACAUGUACAUUAGUUCGGUGCCAAGCACGGCCGAGGAGCUGAUGGACCUCUCCAGCAACGGCCGCAAACUGUCCAACACUUCCGUCUUUCUGGACCUGAAUGAUUUGCCAGACUCGCAGGUGGAGGAGUACUGCUGAAUGCCUGCAAGAGCUGGACGGGCACACAAUCGGCCCCAGCAAUAUCGAAGUGCUGCCGCUUAUGCUCUGAGUCCAGUUGUCACCUGGCUCUGCUGUGUGCAAUUACUCCAUCUG